AUGCCCAUGUCGAACAUGAUCCGCGCGCGCCCCGCCGUGCGCCGUGCUGCCCUGCUCUCGCGACCUGCCGCCACCGUCCCCGCCGCCGCCGCCGCCUUCUCCGCACGCCUCUCGUCACCCAGCUCCGCUCUCGCGCUGCGCAAUGUCUCACAGCACCGAUGGGCCUCGGGCGGAGGCUCCAAUGGCAGAGAUUUCAUGGGCCAGCUGUACGACAGCACACAGGCGCGCCUGCAGAGGGAAAAAGCGGAGCAGGCAAGGUUUGCCGCCCAGAGAGACCUGACCGGCCGCGGGACCAAGGGCGCAGGACUGUUGGCCCUAAUUUUCGUCGCCAUCGCCGCGGGCUAUUACGCCGGUGCGCAGAAACCAGCCUCGCUGCCCGCCGAUUCGACCGCCCCCCUCUACAAGACUGAGGACUUGAAGCAUGACACGUCGACGGGCAACUUGCAGGCGGCGUGGGCGGACUUCAGGGCCAUUGUCGGCGAGGAGAACAUCUCCACCAACGAGAUAGACCUGAAGGCGCAUGCCGGAUCCGAGUGGUCUUCGUACCCCUCUCUGCCUGGCGACGUGCCCUUCGCAAUCGUCAAGCCGGCGUCGACCGACGAGGUCAGCCAGAUCAUGAAGGUCUGCCACCAGAGAAGGAUACCCGUUACGCCUUACUCCGGCGGCACGAGCCUGGAGGGCCACUUCGCCGCGACGCAGGGAGGCAUCUGCAUCGACUUCAGUCGUAUGGACAAGAUCGUCAAGCUGAACAGGGAUGACAUGGACGUCGUCGUGCAGCCCGCCGUGGGCUGGGAGGCCCUGAACGAGGAGCUGGCCGAGCACAACCUCUUCUUCCCGCCCGAUCCUGGCCCGGGUGCGCAGAUAGGCGGCAUGGUCGGCACCGGCUGCUCCGGCACGAACGCCUACCGCUACGGCACCAUGCGCGACUGGGUGCUCUCGCUGACGGUCGUGCUUGCCGACGGCACUGUCAUCACGACGCGCCAGCGCCCGCGCAAGAGCAGCGCCGGCUACGACCUCACGCGCAUGUUCAUCGGCAGCGAGGGCACGCUUGGCCUCGUCACCGAGGCGACGCUCAAGCUGACGACCAAGCCGGCCAACACUUCGGUGGCCGUCUGCAGCUUCGCCAGCAUCCGCGAUGCCGCCGACUGCGUCUUCCGCGUCGUUGGUGCGGGCGUGCCCAUCGCCGCCAUCGAGAUUCUAGACGACGUUCAGAUGCGGUGCAUCAACGACGCGGGCUCGACGUCGAAACGGUGGAAGGAGGCACCGACGCUGUUUUUCAAGUUCGCCGGCACGCCUACAAGCGUCAAGGAGCACAUCAGCAUCGUCCAGAGCUUGGCCAAGAGCACGGGAAGCAAGAGUUUCGAGUUCGCUCGCAGCAAGGAUGAGGCGGACCAGCUGUGGAGCGCCCGUAAGGAAGCGCUUUGGAGCGUGAUGGCUAAGAAGCGGGACGAGGGCGACAAAGUCUGGACCACAGACGUCGCGGUCCCAAUCAGCAAGUUGUCUCAGAUAAUCGAGGAGACCAAGGCCGAUAUCGACAAGAGCGGCCUCAUCGGCGCCAUUGUGGGCCAUGUUGGUGAUGGAAACUUCCACGCCAUCCUGCUUUACAAUGACAAGGAGCACGCCGCGGCUGAUGGCGUCGUCCAUCGCAUGGUGAAGCGUGCCAUCGAAAUGGAAGGCACUGCUACAGGUGAGCACGGAGUUGGCCUCGUCAAGCGUGACUACCUGAACCACGAAUUGGGCGAGUCGACGGUCGAUGCCAUGAGAAAGCUCAAGCAGGCGUAUGACCCACUUUGCUUGCUCAACUGCGACAAGGUGGUGAGGACAAAGAAGCCAAAGCCGGGCGAGGUCCAGCCGUGGUAG